AUGGCUUUAUUCAAACAGUGCAGAAAAAAUACCCAUUCAGUGAGAAAGGCAAAUGUGGUCAUAAUAAUCAAUCACUUGCCUUUUGUUUUUAGGGAACAUGUGAGUGGUCACAGAGGACAGAAAAUCCCUUCAUGUGAAGUAUGUGGAAAAACCUUUAGGCAUUCCUCCUCCCUUAAACUACAUUUAAGACGGCACAGUGGAGAAAAACCCUAUGAAUGUAAUGAAUGUGGGAAAGCUUUCAAUUGUCCCACAUACUUUCGGGAACAUGUGAGAAUGCACACUGGAGAGAAACCCUAUGAAUGUAAGUACUGUUGGAGAGCCUUCAGUUUUUACUCAUCCCUUCAAGAACAUGAGAGAACGCACACUGGUGAGAAACCCUAUAAAUGUAAGCAGUGUGGGAAAGCCUUCACUUGUUACUCCUCCCUUCAUGGACAUGAGAGAAUACACAGUAAGCAGAAACCUUAUGAAUGUAAGCAAUGUGGCAAAGCCUUCAGUUGUCCCAAAUACUUUCGACAACAUGUGAACAUGCACAGUGGAGAGAAACCCUAUGAAUGUAAGCAAUGUGGGAAAGUCUACAGUAUGUCCACAAACCUUCAACAACAUAUGAUAACACACAGUGCUGAGAGACCAUAUGAAUGUACGCAAUGUGGGAAAGCCUUUAGAUGGCCUACCUCCUUACGAUUACAUAUGAAAACACACUCUAGUGAGAAACCCUAUGAAUGUAAGCAGUGUGGGAAAGCCUUCAUCUUUCCCUCAUGCUUUCAAAGACACGAGAGAACACAUAGUAAGGAGAAGCCCUAUGAAUGUAUGCACUGUUGGAAAGCCUACAAAUGCCUCAAAUCCCUUCAAGGACACCUGAGGAAACACACUGGAGAGCAACCCUCAGAAUAGAAAGAAUGUAGACAAGCCUUCAUUCACCCUUAAAGCUUUGUUGUACAUGCAAGAAAACAUGUGAGAAAAAACUAUGCAUGUAAAGAAUGGGAAAAUCUUCAGGUACAGCAAUCCCCUUAUUGUAUACAUGUAAACUCAGAACAGGAAAGAAAUCUUUUGUUAUACAUAUGAUAUUGCUUUUGUUUGUGCCUCAUCCUUCGCAUGGAUCUCUUGUGUAUUAAUUUCUAGUUUCUGUAUCUAAUAUAAGCAUCUAAGAUAAUAUCCCUUUAUGUUCCUGGGUGGCACAAAUGGUUAAGUGCUAGACUACUAACCGAAAGGUUGGCAGUCCCAAUCCACUCAGAGGUGCCUCGGAAGAGAGUCCUGGCAAUCUCCUUCCAAAAACCAGCCAUUGAAAACCCUAUGGAGCACAGUUCUAUUCUGAAACACACGGGAUGCCAUGACUUGGAAUCAACUCACCAGCAACUGAUUUGGCUUCUAUGUACUCUUUCAGCUAUACCACAUAUAUUUUGUUAUAUGAAACUUUAAAUAAUUGUACAGUUACAUAAAACUUGUCUCAUUUCCAUUAUGAUGUCUAUGGAACUGAUUUUUUUGUUUUUGUUUUUUUAAUGGGCAACAUGGGUGCAAUUUUAUAUAAAGAGUUUUUGAUUCCUAUUUUGCAUUAUGUUUCUGAUAUAUAGUCAUGAUGACACGCGACAUUUGAUUUGUUUAAAUUUAUUUUUGAUCCACUGUUGACAGAUACUGGAAUUGGCUGACUCGAUAUUGAUCUUCCCCUUCAUUCCUUAUUAUUAAAACUUGUAUCUUCCACAUUCGUUUGUUGCUAAUUAUGUUCCUAGCCAGAAUUAAUUACUGUGCCAAGAUUUUGAAAGAGGACAGCCUGGUCAAACUUAUGUUUCUAUUUUGAGCUUUGCUCAUUAUCCUUGACCAUAGUUGGAAAUCUGACAUGAUGCAUUGAGUUUAGAAGAUCUUGUAGCAUGAAGAUGAAAGCUAGGGUUCUACAGAAUUGCACUGUCAACAUGGGUAAAGUUGGAAACUACAUAUUCCUGAGUCUCUUCUGUUUGUGGUUUUGGGUUAAAGUUCACGAGAAAAGAAAGAUGCAUGAGGUAGUGUUGGAAGGCAGAAGUGAAGAAGCCAUUCCUUUCCAUUCUGCUGGACAAUCAGGAGAGAGAGAUGCAUAGGAACCCAGUAGCCUAGGUUACAGCACAUUUUUUACAUCUGACUGUCAUUCAAUAAUAGUCUCAAUGGUGGUGGAAUAACUAGGAA